GCAGAAGCAGGAAAGAAAAGAUAGCAAAGAAAAGGGAAACAGAAAAGAAAGGUAGGUAACGUGUGUCAGUAUGAGAGUUUUUUCCUAUACAGGAGGAUCAAGAAAAGAUGGUUUAAGGUAAAUAUAUAUAUACAUAUAUGUCUAUGCAUGUGGCAAAUAUGCAUGUGCCUAUACAUGGCAAUUUAUAGAAUUCAUCAACAUUAUUAAGACAUUUUAAACUACUUUAGAAUUAAAUUUCUGACUGUACCAAAAUAAAUGUGUAUUUGCAGAUGCCAAACAUCCGGUAACUCCGAAAGAGGGAGAGGACCACAAGGAAGUGGACCCAGGAGGCCAUGGCGCAGGCCCAAGAGGAAGUGAAAGCAGGCAGGCUCAAUCUACGGCAGGCAGCCCAGGAGUUUGGGGUCCCAAAAACCAGCCUGAGUGACCGAGUCAGUGGAAGGGUGUCCUCUGAUUGUGUCCCGGGUCAGAGGACUUUCCUCACCCCUGCAGAUGAGGAUUCCCUGGUGGAGUACCUCUUGUACUCUGCCAGUCAUGGGUUUCCACUGACGAAGCCUCAGGUCCUGGCUCACGCUCUGGCCGUAUAUAACCUCCGCCACCAGGCAGCCCCCAAGACUGGGCUUGGCCAGACGUGGUGGAUCAACUUUAGGGAGCGACACCACCAUCGCCUGGCUGCCCGGACCCCAGACAUAUUUGACCGUGGGAGAGCAUCUUGCGCCAAGAGGGGGCCAAUAGAGGAGUACUUUAAGCUCCUCACCACCACCAUGGAGGAGCACGGGUUGAGGGAGAAACCCCGUCAGGUUUACAACUGUGACGAGACACGGGGUUCCAGCUGGAUGCUACCAGAAAGAAGGUCAUUGUGCCCCGGGGGACUAAACACGCUUACAGGCAGGCCCAGGGAACCAGGGACCACAUCACCGUCCUGGCCUGCCUCAAUGCCGCUGCGGAGGAUAUACACUUUCAUAAUCUACAAGGGGGGAUAUCCAGGGGGCCCCUACAAUAAAGAUGGGGUUCCCAAUGCCCUCUACGGGAAGUCGUGAGCAGGGUACAUAGACAGUGAGCUGUUCAGGAAGUGGUUUGUCGAGCACUUCCUGAAGUUUGCCAGUCAGGAGUGCCCGCUGCUGCUCAUAAUGGAUGGACAUCAGUCCCACCUGGAUCCAGAGUUGGUCCGCACGGCACAAAGGGAGGGUGUCAUUCUCCUGCCUGCCACCACACACCUCUCACAUCCUUCAGCCUUUGGAUGUGAGUUUAUUCAGACCAUUGAAGGCAGAUUUCUCUGGUGUUACAGGAGAUCUGUCGGCAUUGAGCCACUCCUUCUUGGUUUCUAAGAAGGAGUUUUCAAGGGUCCUAAGAGACUCCUACCAGAGGGUGAAGGAUCGGAGAGUGGUGGUGGCUGGGUUCAGGAGGUGUGGCAUUCACCCUCUGGACAUUGACUGGUCAUGGGUCAUGCCGUUCGGGACCUCCUCGCAACCUCCGCCAACCCUAUCGGCAUCUUCCUGGGCUGCGCCUGAUGUUUCCCUUCCCUCCCAACCCAAUCCCCCUUUCCCAGCCCAAUACCCCACCUGCUCCACCUGCCUCUCCUCCUCCCCCUCCCCCAAAUCCUCACCUCACCCAUCCCCUGGUAACAUCAGGCCGGAUUUCGGUUGACCUGGCCCACCUCCUGACCGAAAUCAAAUACAAAACUGGUAAGGUCAGGAGGAAUGUCACCAAGACCAGGUUACUGACAGCCCAGGAGAUGUCCGACGUCAUCGAGGAGGCGGAGGAUCGAGCUGCAAUGAGGGAAGCACAAGCUUUGGCCAGGCCAGACAGUGAGCAGCAGCGGGUCAAAGACAGGUGCUCGGCAGCCACUUCCUCCACCCUGUCUGGCGGCUCCCGCCCCUGCCGCAGAAGGCAGGUGUCCCUCGGGGCUCCUUCCACCUCCAGCUCCGGACUUUCCAUGGCCGGUCCCUCAACCCACUCUGCCCCCUCUUGUGCCUCCCACGGUCCCUGGCUGCCUGCCAGCACAACAUCACAGAGCCUGCCUGCUGAGGAACACGGCCACCUUCCUCCAUCUACUGCCUCCAAACCUGCAGACGCCGGACCAUCAUCCAGCUCCUCGUCUGCUGGACCCACGACAUCCACCGGUCACACUCCUGAAGACAACAGUUUGGGAGUGUGGCCGGCAGGGAACCUGACCCUCCAAAGAGCUCAGAGGGAUUGGUGUAGUGGGUCCAGUGUGACAGCUGCCACACAUGGUACCACGCCAUGUGUGUGGGUUGGGACGUGGAGCUGGAUGACGAGGAGGAUUUUAAAUGUUAUUUCUGACACUUUCAUUGUACUGGAGCAAAUGGAGCCUCAUGGAAGCAGCAGCAUCACCUGUGAAACCCCCUGUUAA